ACAUGUUGACAUGUGGACCGGUGACAACUGUGGACCUGUGGACAUGUGGACCGGUGACAACUGUGGACCUGUGGACAUGUGGACCGGUGACACCUGUGCGUCAGGAGCCAGUCGCUCGUUGGAAUAUUCUGCAGGAGCUGGUCCUGCAACACGUGGGACCGGAUGUUCUGACUCCAGAGAACAACAACGACAAGUGGUGUUACUAUGAUAUUUUCCCGGAGGCUCUUGCUCAAUCGAUCAUUGACCGGACGCAGUUGGCAGCGGAGAGAAGUUUUCCACUCUUGAACUCGGCACAGAGCGCGACGCGACAACCGUCACUCCCACAUCUGCAAAUCAGAAAGACCAGAAAGACUGGAAAGGCAUAAUGUUAAGGGGGCGGAGCUUCUCUGUGGACAGUGACUGAUCCCUGGCGAAACCUUUAAGAGCGACUAGACGGUGAAGCUGCUCAGACGACGAAGACGCGCAGGACGUUCAACAUGUCGACACAAACCAUGAUGUCCCCUGAAGAGUUCGAGGAGCAGUUCAAGUGCUGCAUCUGUCUGCACGUCCACUCGGACCCGGUGUCCAUCGUAUGUGGACACAACUUCUGCCUCGACUGCAUCGAGGGCUACUGGGACUCGAGGGGCAGGUGGGAAUGUCCGCUGUGCAAACGGACGUUCAAGAAACGUCCAGAACUCCGGAUCAACCGGGAAUUCGCUGAUAUCAUCGACUUCAUUAAAAGGUCGCUCAGAGCAGCACGAGAGGACGGAGGAGUGGACGCGGUGGCACCGGAGCGACGCCAUGAAACCAACAAGGUUCCCUGUGACAUCUGCCUCGGACACAAGGCCACGGCGGUCAAGUCGUGCCUCGCAUGUCAGGCGUCCUACUGUGAAACUCACCUGGCGCCUCACGGGAAGGCGGCGGCGCUGCAGAGACACCGGCUGACGGACCCGGCCACGUUCAGCAGCAGGCACCUCUGCAGAAUCCACGACGAGCCGCUGACGAUGUUCUGUAAGAAGGAGCAGAUGCCUCUGUGUGCGAGCUGCAGCGAGGGGAAGCACCAACACCACCAGGUGGUUCCCCUGGAGAAGGAGAGCAGGAGGACGAAGUCUCAUCUGAGGGCGACGAAGGUCAACGUCGUGCAGAUGAUCCAGGCCCGGCUGGGGAAGAUGGAGGAGAUCACUAAUUCACUGGACUUAAGCAAAAAAGUCACAGAGCGAGAGCUGCAGAGCGGCGCUCAGGUCUGCAGCAAGCUGAUCGCCGCCGUGCUCCGCCAGCAGGCGGAGCUGGUGGAGGAGCUGGAGCGCCGGCAGGAAGAGGCCGAGCAGAAGGCGGAGCAGCUGCUCGCGGAGCUGGAGCAGGAACUCGAUGAACUUCGGACCAAAGGCGGCGAGCUGCAGCACCUGGAGCUCACUCAGAACACGCUCGACCUCCUGCAGGGUUUCCAGACGCUGGGCGCCCUCCCACCCAGCAGAGACUGGUCCCAGGUCUCCGUCUGCUCCGACCACAGCGCCGGGACGGUGAGACGAGCCGUCGGCCGCCUGGUGGGCGUGUGUCAGGAGGCGGCCGACGUUCUGUCUGCAGAAGAGGUCGACAGGAUGAGUCGAUACGCAGUGGACGUGACUCUGGAUCCUGACACGGCGUCGGGCUGGCUGCUGCUGUCCGCAGACGGAAAGAAGGUGAGCGUCAGCGGCCAGAGGACGCCGCUGCCCAGCAGCCCUCAGCGCUUCGACACCUGCGUCUGUGUUCUGGGGAAACGGAGCUUCACGUGUGGUCGACGCUACUGGGAAGUGGAGGUCGGACAUAAGAGCGAGUGGGAUCUGGGUGUAGCCCGGGAGUCCAUCAACAGGAAGGGCGUCAUCACGGUGCGUCCCGACAGCGGUUACUGGGCGAUCUGCAGGCGUAACGGCGGCAGCCUGAGCGCCUGCGUCAGCCCCUCCGUGCCCCUGCCCCUGCAGGAGACCCCUCGGCGAGUCGCCAUCUUCCUGGACUACGAGGACGGAUCCGUGUCCUUCUACGACGCCGAGGCAAAGACGCACAUCUACACCUUCAGCGGCUGCUCCUUCACUGAGCCCCUCCUCCCCUACUUCAACCCCUGUCUCCAAGACAACGGGAGGAACGCCGCCCCGCUGGUCAUCUGCCCGCUCGCACGAGGGAAAUAACCAUCGAGUCAGAUGUUUGACGUGAUUCGUGAGAAGAGACGGAGAUUUUCAACCUAUUGUGGUUUAGAUGUUUAAUCGCUGACCUGCAACAGGUCCAGGUAGAACUGCUCCGAGUAGAACAGGUCAGAGUAGAACAGUUCCAUGUAGAACUGCUCCAUGUAGAACUGCUCCACGUAGAACAGGUCAGAGUAGAACAGAUCCAGGUAGAACUGCUCCGAGUAGAACAGAUCCAAGUAGAACUGCUCCAUGUAGAACAGGUCCGAGUAGAACAGAUCCAGGUAGAACAGGUCCGAGUAGAACAGAUCCAGGUAGAACUGCUCCGAGUAGAACAGAUCCAGGUAGAACUGCUCCGACAAGUAGAACUGCUGUAAGUAGAACUGCUCCAAGUAGAACUGCUGUAAGUAGAACUGCUGUAAGUAGAACUGCUCCGACAAGUAGAACUGCUGUAAGUAGAACUGCUCCAAGUAGAACUGCUGUAAGUAGAACUGCUGUAAGUAGAACUGCUCCGACAAGUAGAACUGCUGUAAGUAGAACUGCUGUAAGUACAACUGCUCCGAGUAGAACAGAUCCAGGUAGAACUGCUCCAAGUAGAACUCCUGAAAUUAGAACAGGUCUGUUGGGAGAAGGAAUCAGAGCUUUGUAUAGAAAAUGUAUAGAAAUGUGUGAAUGUGGGUUUUUUUUUGAAUUCUCAUUGAAUUAAAAUCAUAAAACAUUGAA